ACUUCGUCAGUAUCAGUGAUCAGUGAAGCAAGGGGGAGCAAGGUUAGAUCUAAGGUAUCAAGAGUGGUCAGCCAUUCAUCAUGGUGAUGCGGAAGAUUGCCAGUCGGGGGCAGUUCAACCCCCAUCGAGCUCUACCGCGUAUGUCAUGGUCCCUUUCCAACCUUUACAACAUAUGGCAACAAACCCCCGGAUCUCCGACUUACAAAGACAGGCUGGAAAUAAAAUGGAAUAACAUGUCACUUUUUCAACGUAGAUGGUUGGCUAAACGUCUUACAAGAGGUUAUCAUGGUGAUCAAAUAACUCAAACGAGGUUCGAACGUUGGUACCUUCCCGAUUCUUUACCGAGCAUACGAGGAAAAACCCCUUCUUCUUCUUCCUCUUCUGGUAGUUUGGAAUUAAGUAAAUGGGUGGAAGGAAGAGAAAGAGCUGGUGGUAGAACUAGAGAAGAGAGGGAAUCGAAAUGGAAAACAGAAGAUUCUAGAGCUCCAGUGGGAAGUUUGAUGUUUUCAGAAGUGGAAAGAAGGUUGGAUACUUUGAUCUUCAGAGCUUGUUUCGCAUCAAGCGUUUAUUUGGCAAGACAUUAUAUUAUACAUGGGAAAGUCAAGUUGAAUGGGGUUGUCGAACGGAAUCCCAAUACCCUGCUAAACCCAGGAGAUCUUUUCUCCGUGGACCCAAAAGCCAUCCCUAUGUUACAACCCUCUCCUUCCUCCUCAACUGAUUCUGCAUCCAUCGACGACCCAUCGUUAACGAAUCCAACAGAAGAUACAGAUAAGCCCCCCGCCAAUUCACACUUCACCCUUCCCCCUUACGCCUCCCCACACAUCUUCGUCCCCGCAUAUAUAUUGCCUUCCUACCUCACAUGCUCUGCGGUCUACGUCCGACACCCUACCGCCCGACCGGGUUACUCGGAGAUCCCCACGCCUUUCGACGCAGGUGGAGAGAUCAUGAAGUUGAGUUGGGAAUGGUUCAGUCGUAAAGCUCCACGGAUGCGUAAUAGGGUGAAUAGGUGGAUGAACCCUCAAAGAACGAGUGAUAGGAAGUGAUUUCGAACUGUUCAAAUUCACUGACGCCUUUGAGACUGCUUCAGGUUUGACAGAUAGCAUCUGGCAUGAUGAUAUGCAUUGCAUCUCUCCUUUUC